AUGGCCCGGAGAUGUGAUUUAGCGAGCGCGCAAGGUUACUCUCAGCCGUAUAAGCGGGUAUGGAAGCACACAAGGGAUCAGGACACGAAUACGGGAUUGACGCAGUACAUGAGCGGUAAGUACGUAGUCAAUCGAGUAAAGAAGAGAAAAGCGAAGCUACGAAAUUUUACCGGAUCUGCAUCCCGGAACGCAUCAAAGAUGAAUCAUAGACUUCUCAACAAUAUGCGGGAAGCCAAGUGCAUGAAGUACGGCCGGCACCGUGGCAAGGUUAUUUGGGGUUACGUCAUCUUUGCGCACGCUCUUUCCUACCAUCCAUGGCGUACAACUCAGCGAUCGUCAUCCGAAUGGUCCACGGACCGGGAGAAAUUACCACUGACACGCCGGAGCGGUUACUUAAUCUGUAGACGAGCUUGGAGGAGAAGGAAGUUUAACUUGCUGAAUAGCUGGCCUCUUUCUUCUGCAAUAAACGUGACCCACCCGGAGUCGGGUUUCCUGUUCGACCACGCGUCUUUUCUCAUACAGCUUCCGUUCAUCGCAACGCCACAGAUAAUGCUAUUCGUAUUUCUGCCCAAAGAGGUACACAAGAUGCCGAGUAAGAUUGAGGAUAUGCGACAGGUGGACCCUAUCGUUUUUUCGUCAAGUUUCCCAAGUCGCACGCACAUACACUCGGUUGGCACGUUGCACGACGCAUGGAGAUUCUCGGGUGUCUUUCAGGCUGAUUUGCACCCUACCCACCAUUUAACCGCUUGUGUCCUGUUUCACCGAGGAAAGGCGGCUGGACCAUCAGAUAAAAGGUAUCUGUCUAUCGAGGAUGAUGACACCGACGACGAGCUUGUGGUGUUGCAGGAAACUGGGAACCCGUCGUUGGCUGCCACCUGCAGGUGUAUUCUGAUUCGUGCGUACGAGUCAAGAUUGUUCAUAAGCACUGCUAUCUGCGAGCCGCAGGAUAACAUGUGCAUCGUACCGGAAAUUUCAAUGACAGAUGAGGUUACAGAGCUAUCGAAGAGGAUUGGCGAAAAGGAUGUGGGGUGCAGAGGGGUCGCAGGAAAGUCAGGUCAAGGCAACGCGGUUUUUUAUGAGUGCUUCCUCCUCGAUCUAUCAUUGUCAUCGCAGGUAACCCUCCUCCUGCUAUCCAUCCUAUACCGAUCCUUGGCUGACACGAUCAACUGCCAGAUCAAAGAAGCCGAGUCUGAUAAAAGCGAGGUCAAGACGAGGUCUUCGGGUUACUUGUGCUUCCUAGUCGAGUUGCCCUUCAUCACUUCGUUGCGGAGGUACAAGGUGCUAUCCUACCUUACGUUCAGUGGGAGAGCCUUGUCCAGUAGGUCGGUCGGUACAAGGAGGUACACCGAGUCACCAUGCAAGACUUAUUAUAUACCAGAGGUAGAUGCGGUCAUCAUAUCGCCUAGGCAGAUGUACGAUGAGCGCCAUAUUCGAACAGACUCUGCCGCUCCAUAUCUUCACUCUCCUAUGCAACGAAGAGUACACACGUACCCAAGGGACGGGCCAGGAGAAUUUUGCGAGCGACACUUGCGAGCUUGCGUUCAACUGCGUUCAUUUGCGUUCAACUCAAGUUGA